UUUGUCAGUGACCCGGAGAGUGGGGGGAGGGAAAUUAAUGACUGCUUGGCUGGGCCUCCUUUUAUUACUUCCAGGAUUCUCUCCACGGAGUGGUGGAGCAUUGUUAGCUUAAGCAAGAAAAUAACGCUGCGUCUCUAGUAACGGCUAACAGGAAUUUUCUAAGAGUUCCACACGUGAGGCUUUCAGAUGUGAUACAUCACUGUAAUUAUGGUUGGCUCCUUUGGACGACUGCAGGACACAACUCCAUCCUGGAAAGGCUUUUCCCUUUUUUCACUUGGCAGUGCAUUGAUUUAAGCUCCUUUUCGUGAAGAUGGGCAUGCAAUUUUUGAGAUGCAAUUGCAUUUUGAAGUUUGAGGCUUUCCAUAAAUCCAAGGAACAACUUACAGUUCAUAUGUGCAAAGAUGAUGUUUGCCUUCUUCUAUUGCAGCGUGCAGGGCAAAAGAGAACAGGACCCACAUGUCAGUGGUCUAGGAUGGCCAGUGAAGGCGCCAACAUCCCAAGUCCUGUGGUGCGUCAGAUUGACAAACAAUUUCUGAUCUGCAGCAUAUGCCUGGACCGUUACAAGAAUCCCAAAGUACUCCCCUGUCUGCACACUUUCUGUGAGAGGUGCCUACAGAAUUACAUUCCAGCCCACAGCUUAACCCUUUCUUGCCCAGUGUGCCGCCAAACAUCCAUCUUGCCAGAGAAAGGGGUUUCUGCUCUUCAGAACAACUUCUUCAUCACCAACCUGAUGGAUGUCCUGCAGCGAACUCCAGACAAUAGCAUUGAGGAGUCUUCCAUCUUGGAGACUGUCACAGCUGUUGCUGCAGGGAAGCCACUCUCCUGCCCCAAUCAUGAAGGAAAUCUGAUGGAAUUUUACUGCCAGUCUUGUGAGACAGCCAUGUGCCGGGAAUGUACAGAAGGCGAGCAUGCAGAGCACCCCACAGUACCUCUCAAAGAUGUAGUAGAACAACACAAGGCUUCGCUUCAAGCACAGCUAGAUGCUGUCAACAAAAGGCUUCCAGAGAUAGAUACAGCACUUCAUUUCCUAUCUGAAAUUAUACAUCAGCUGACCAACCAAAAGACCAGCAUCGUAGAUGACAUUCAUUCCACUUUUGAUGAACUCCAGAAGACUUUAAAUGUCCGCAAGAGUGUGUUGCUCAUGGAAUUGGAAGUGAAUUAUGGCCUUAAACAUAAAGUCCUGCAGACUCAGCUUGAUAGCCUAUUGGAAGGACAGGAAAACAUAAAGAGUUGUAGCAACUUUACAGCCCAAGCACUCAACCAUGGAACCGAGACGGAAGUCUUGCUUGUUAAGAAGCAGAUGAGCGAUAAGCUGAACGAGCUGGCUGUCCGCGACUUCCCACUGCAGCCUCGUGAGAAUGAUCAACUGGACUUCAUAGUGGAAACGGAUGGGCUGAAGAAGUCCAUUCAUAAUCUUGGUACUAUUUUAACCACAAAUGCUGUUGCUUCUGAAACAGUGGCCACGGGUGAAGGACUGAAGCAGACGGUGAUAGGACAGCCGAUGUCGGUCACCAUCACUACCAAGGACAAGGAUGGUGAGCUCUGUAAAUCUGGGAAUGCUUACCUCACGGCUGAGCUCAGCACGCCUGAUGGGAGUGUGGCGGACGGAGAAAUACUUGACAAUAAAAAUGGCACUUACGAAUUUUUGUAUACUGUCCAGAAAGAAGGGGACUUUACCCUUUCCUUGAGACUCUAUGAUCAGCAUAUCAGGGGCAGCCCGUUCAAACUCAAGGUAAUCAGGUCGGCCGAUGUGUCCCCUACCACCGAAGGAGUUAAGAGGCGUGUGAAGUCUCCUGGCAGUGGACAUGUGAAGCAGAAAGCUGUGAAAAGACCAGCUAGUAUGUACAGCACUGGCAAAAGGAAAGAGAAUCCCAUUGAAGAUGACCUGAUCUUCAGAGUAGGUACCAAAGGGAGAAACAAAGGGGAGUUUACAAAUCUUCAGGGAGUAGCUGCAUCUACAAAUGGAAAAAUAUUAAUAGCGGACAGCAAUAAUCAGUGUGUGCAGAUAUUUUCCACUGAUGGCCAGUUCAAGAGUCGUUUUGGUAUCCGGGGAAGGUCCCCUGGUCAGUUGCAGCGGCCUACGGGAGUGGCUGUGCAUCCUUGUGGUGACAUCAUUAUUGCCGACUAUGACAAUAAGUGGGUUAGCAUAUUCUCCUCUGAUGGAAAAUUUAAGACAAAAAUUGGAUCUGGAAAGCUCAUGGGACCAAAAGGUGUUUCUGUGGAUCGCAAUGGGCACAUCAUUGUGGUGGACAACAAAGCAUGUUGUGUGUUUAUCUUCCAGCCAAAUGGAAAAAUAGUAACCAGGUUUGGAAGCCGAGGCAAUGGAGAUAAGCAGUUUGCAGGGCCUCAUUUUGCAGCCGUCAACCACAAUAAUGAAAUUAUUAUUACCGAUUUCCACAACCACUCGGUCAAGGUAUUUAACCAGGAAGGUGAAUUCAUGUUGAAAUUUGGAUCUAAUGGAGAAGGGAAUGGACAGUUCAACGCUCCAACAGGAGUAGCUGUAGAUUCUAAUGGAAAUAUUAUUGUAGCAGACUGGGGAAACAGUCGAAUACAGGUUUUUGAUGGGAGUGGAUCCUUUUUAUCCUAUAUUAAUACAUCCGCAGAUCCACUUUAUGGUCCCCAAGGUUUGGCCCUUACUUCAGAUGGUCAUGUUGUCGUUGCAGACUCUGGCAAUCACUGCUUCAAAGUCUAUCGAUACUUACAGUAACAACUGCAGCAGCUCCUGCUCAAGAAGUUACUAGCCUCUGAGGGCCAACAUAGAUCUUUUUGUGUGUGUAGGAUGUCUACUUCUUAAAUAUUUCAAUUUUAAUACUGAAGGAGUCUCCAGUUUUUGGUUUUUUUUAAUUUCCAAACCUACCUUGUUUACAUAGGACUUGCACCUCAUACGUUACGCACUGAACUGAUUAUAAGGAUUAAUAAAUAAGACCCUCUUCCCUCCCCACCGAAUUUAGAGACAAUGGGAUACUAGACAUGUGAACUGCAGCUUGUAGAUCAGGCGUUCAUGUAAUUGACUGGGGGGGGGGUUGAGGUUCUGAAGGAGGGAAAAGAAUUUUAAAAGCAACAUGAUCUAAAGCGUUUAUUUAACAUGUGAAUGGGAGCACUUGUUUAAAGCUUCCAUUUUUGGAAAUUGUUACUGUAGAGCAUUAUUUAACCCAGCAGGAAGUCUGGGAGUCUUCUAGAUCGCAUAGCGCUAGUAAGUAUUACACUUGUAACAUUCUUCAGUCUUAGUAACUGUAAUGAGUAGUUUCUUUUAGUAAAGAGAUAUGGUUAGCCCUUCCUGUCAGACCUCACACAGCUUAACUUCUAGCACUACAAAAAUCAAUGCAAACUUCUUGCCCUCUGUGGGAUUGAUGUACAUGUUUAUCAAUUUUCCUACUGCUCAGUGUGUGUUGUAGGGAUUUUUCCGGAAGCCUGAAACUUCUAAAAAGCUAUGGGAAUAUAUUCCAAUAGGGAUAGAUUACUGCUGGCACUUCAUAAAAUCAGUUUCCUAUUAGCGCUGUACUGAUUCAUUAGAAAGUUAAUUGCCGUUAUGUCAACCUCGCUAGCUUCACACCUGACACCCGUGUUUCAGACAGGUUCUUGCUAUGGUUUAUGAAAGCAAUCUGCUUUGUUCCAAUUGCCCAUUUUCACAUAGGAUAAUAAGCCACACAUGUACCACAUCUGAGGGCCUGCCUUGUGCAACCAAAGGAGAGUUUGGUGGUCGACAGUUUUUUUUGUUUGUUUGUUUCAUUUUGGGUAAAACCAAGGGUUACCAAAGCAGGUGUGCAUUUGUUUGAAUUCCAGAAAGACGGAGCACCAGAAUUAAUUGAACAAGUCUUGGAAGAUCCUUAUGAGUGCGAGAGUGUUCUACAGAGGGGUUUAAAAAACUGUUCAUGACUUCCUCCCUCAUAUGCGCAUGUAGUGUGGGGAACAAAAGAACAAGGAGCAUAAAUGUAGGUGAUAACAAACAGGAAUGUGCAUAACCCUGUGUAUGAGAGAAUGUUCUGAAAGGGUCUAUUUCCCUCUCUUCCCCUUCCCACAUACAAGUCUUGCAACUUAUAAUUAUCAGAUUCACCUCAGUGCUUGCAAUGUGUUUUCUCCUUUUGCUUAAGUUAUUUCCAUCAAAUACACUUUUGCCUACGUUGUUACAUCAAGUGAGAAAAAUACAUUUUACAGCAGUGUGGGGGUCAUGAAUUGCCUCCGGCCUUACGCAAGAAGAUUCCUGAUGGUGUGGUUCGUGAAUCCCAAAUUUUACGUUUUUCUUCUUGAUCUUUAGUUUGACCUAUCAGGGUGGAAUCUUAAUAUCAGCCAGCCUGCACUUUUGGGGUGGGUAGAGCCUUAAAACAUUUAAAUAAUGAGUACAAUGAGAAGACUUGCAAAAAUGAAGAUUAUUACCUACUUUGCCCACAAUACAGUAACUAAAAAGUUGGUUGUUUUAAACUAAGGAAUAGAUAAGCACUGUUUAAAGGCUUUUACUCCUUCUCACUUACUGUUAUAAAAUAAACAUCUUAAAUGAGUAAUGCUAAGAAUCUAAAUUUAUGGUUCCUGGAUUAAUAUUUUUGAGUGUCUGCAAAGGCAAUAGACAGACACUGCAUGCUAUUAGUCUCAGACACUGAACCACCUUGAAACCUAUUUAAAUUCUUUGUGAAAAGGGAUAUCCUAUUUACAAUUUUAUAUGUAUUUAUUAAGCCAUGCAAGCAGAAACAAAACAAAAAAAACCUUAAGCUGUCUCGUAAUUGUUAUUGAACUUUUAAUAUAAAGGAACUCACAAACUGUUAAGUAUGUUAUUACUAUAGACGUAAUUCACAACAUAUUGUCAAACCAAUCUGGCUUAAAAUUUUAGAUGCUUAUGCUUUUAUAAACAUGUUCUUGUGACAAAAGGAAAUAUUCACUUGAAUGUUACUGUUCUUAGUUCGGCAAUUUCUUAAACUGGAUCUAGGAGCACAACUGUCCAUCAUGAUACCUUCUCACUUCAAGUGAAGAUCUGUGCUCACAUCUCAAUGGAAUUUUUGUAGGCGCCCUUCCCAGUGAAUUGUAUUAGGGAAGCAUCCAAACUUAAAUUGUUAUAAAUUCACACUUGGAGACCAUUUCAUGCAUGCGGACAUUGUCCUUCAAAUGCUUUCCUAAAGUAAUUGUUCCUUAAUCCUAGUAAAUAAUACCUUAGUAAUGUUGUAUGUACUACCAACUCAAAUUUUAAUUAUUGCUUAUUUCCUUUACAACAAAGCUAACAUAUGUUAAGGGUAAUGUGGCCUUUCCCUCAAUAUCUAACUUUUUUUUUUUAAAAGAUCCUGGUUCUUCCUUGAUGAAUUGUUAAGAUUUAUAAUCUGUUGGCGAUGCACACUAUUUACAAACUGGUGCUAGUCUGGACCAUUGUUGAAUUUCAUGUUUUUGCCAGAUGAUAUUUUGAAAGCUUAGCAACAUCAGCUAACCGAGCAGGUGGCAAAAUGAGCGUUUGAAAAUUAGCUAGCAAUAAUCAAAAUGUUUCUUGCUCACCAAUUUCCAGUUGUUCACAAUUGUUGCCCUUUACCUGGUUAGCUGAUGGAAGAAAUGAAAAAAUAACCAUUGUAUAAAUGUAACUUCUUUUUUUAAAGUCAUUUUUGGGGGGCCGGGCAAACAUUUGCCAGAAUUACAGAGUUUACAAAGGCAGGGAUAAGGCACCUGUGGCUCUGCUGAUAUUGUUGGACUCUUAACUUCGAUCAGCCCCAUGGGCCAGUGAUCAGAGAUGAUGGAAUCUGUAUUGCAACAUAUGAAAGGCCACACAUUCCCAAUCCCUGAUCUAAGGCAUGACCCAUCCCCACUUACACUGCCAAACCCACAGCCUAGGACACAUCUGCACUACAGACUUAAAAUGGAUUGGUAGUAAAAGGUUGCCCCAUGGUGUUUUUUUGGUGAUUCUGGUUUAUGUUUGCAGUGUCCAUCUUCUGUCAAGUGGUGCCCAAAGGUAGAGUAAUAAGUAGUAAAUGCAUCACGAGCAGUGCAAGUACAUGUGUUUAAUUAAGGUAAACAUUUGCUAAAAAUAAGCCUAAAAAUGUUGUCAGUUCAUUUUUCAAUAAACUUGCAAACUGUACAUUGAAUGAUUUUUUUAAACUGUAAAAAAGGAAAACUGAUAAAUACUAGUAAAGUUUUUACACUGAUUUAAAGUUUCAGCAAAGUAGCAAGAAAAAUAUUGUCUAUUGUUGUUGUCCUUUGUAAACAUUACAGGGCUUUCAACUUUACAGCUGAUUUUUUUCUUUGAUGACUAAGGAUCUAGUGUUGCCAUAAUGAAAACAAGUGCCCAUUAAGUUAUGCUUGUUGUGUGAGGAAAUGAAUUUUUUAAUUUUCUUUUUAAUGGAUGACAGUAAGAAACAAAAUGUUAAUGUCCAUUGAAAAUGCUGUUGAAGAUGAACUGUGAGCAAUGAUUUUCAAGGUCUGUGUUUGGAGAAUGUAUGGGAGAUGUUUGUAUUUAGCAUAGGAUGAUUCCAAAAUGGUGGUAGUUUCCGAUGAAUGUACCACACUUAAGUGGAUGUUUGUGAGCAACACAGCCUUAACCCUGGUGGUUUGCUUUCUUGCUUUAUGACAUGGGAAUGUUCCAUAAUGUGCAUCGCGUAUUGUAAUCUCCCUGCGCUAGAAACUGAAUUGUUCAAUAUGUUGUACCUUUCCAGUCCUUGGAGUGAACGACUUUUUUUGUACAUUCCAGCUUUGUAAGCCAGUUUCAUGUUUUGUUUAAAGAAUGCUAUAAAGUCUUGCACUCUCUGAAAACGAUGCUGAAGUAUCUUAAGUCAAUUUUUCUUUCUUUCCCACCACAGCCAUGCACCCUCUCUUGUUGAGAAGAAAUAUAAACUAUGUCUAGUUAAGGCUGAGGAUGAAAGGUGUUCAUUGAAGAGUGUUUGUGUGUAGGUUUAGCUUUGUGUAUGCCAUGGUAUUUUAAUGCUUUAUCUAACAGAGAAAGCUGAAAAGAAAAUACCUUGUGUUGGAACAAUAGGAAAAUUCAGUCAAAUGUGUAUCUUUUAUCAUGCACAAACCCCAGAAAUAAAAAUAAAUGAAUAA